UUAAUGAAUAUACGGUGAAUUUUGUGGGUUAUAGACUUAUAGCUAGCCACCCAGCCGCCGCCCCACCUUUUUGAUUUAUUAGAGCACCUUCUUUUCAGAGACAUUCUGCUUGAUCUUCUUCUAUCUUUACAAGUUAACCUGGCUUUCUAUGGAGAACUACCAAAUGUUUUUCCCUUCUUCUUCGUCUGCAGGGCAGUUAAGUAGUUAUGAUCCUUUCUCAACAAACAUGGAAAGCUCUAAUACUUUUCAUAAUUCUCAUGGUGAGUGUUCAAGUGGGAUGUUGUUGGGGUUGAGGACAGAAUUAAAACAUGUCCCUAAAGCAGAAGUUACACACCUUUCUCAUAGUACUGGAAGCUUUGAUGGGGAUGAAAGCGGGGUGAAACCAGGUAAGAAGAAGGUGGAGAAGAAGAUUAGGAAGCCCAGAUAUGCCUUUCAAACUAGGAGCCAGGUUGACAUACUCGAUGAUGGCUAUAGGUGGAGGAAAUAUGGCCAAAAAGCAGUAAAGAACAACAAAUUUCCGAGAAGCUACUAUCGGUGUACGUAUCAAGGUUGUAAUGUAAAGAAGCAAGUUCAACGCCUAACCAAAGAUGAAGGAAUUGUAGUGACUACUUAUGAAGGGGUGCACACCCAUCCGAUAGAGAAGCCGUCUGAUAAUUUUGAACAUAUCUUGAGUCAGAUGCAAAUUUACGCUCCUUUUUGAAGUUUAUCAAUUCAUGUAAGUUAUGUAACGUCCUCUAGAUCUAGCUAGCUGCAUGCUUUUCUGAAAGAUCUACAAUUUAGAUUUACUUAUCCUCGGGAUACAGAAUAAAGUUUGUGCUAAUUAUAUACAAAUGGCAGCUACCUACUUUAAACUCUUUUGAUCGA